AUUAUGACAAUCGCAGUCGUAUUGCCGCCUGUACAGCCAUUGGAGCAUUUGGACGCAGUUGCACAGAAGUUAUCGUACUGCGAAUUAUUUUUAUUUUAUUUAUUAACCGUUUUUGUUAAACGAUGUCUUACUCCGGCGUUCCUGAAAGUGUCAAGUGUCUGGACGGAGUCGACUACGAAGUCGUCAAGCACAACCCUCACUUUGAAUGGGUGACCGAAUACGAAAAUGCCAUUAAACAAUUGGUCUCGGAAGUGUUUGAUACUUUAGGAGUAGAAAAAGGAAGCACGUUAGACAUCGCCGUUCAGGGUUUUGAUAGGUACCAAGCAAACCUAAAAACGUUAAUGGACACACUGGCAAAACAGGUUAUCGACAAAUCUGGCGUAAACGAUCAGGCCAAAUCGUUCGCCAGCGAUUGGGCUGAAGCUGCCAAGUACCAUGUUGAUCUCAAAUACCAUCACAUGGGCGAUGGUCCAACCGUAAAGAAUGUGCGUUGGGGUAUCGAAAGCACCAUCAAGUACAUAAUCGUGUGUGCCACACAUUUGGCGGACAAGGAUAAUGAUACCGAUUUUAAAAAGGAAAUUUCUGGAUACGUGAAAGACGCCAUAAUUCAAAGUCUGAUCGAUCAUCUGAACGGUAUCAAGAGGGAACUAGAAACACUACAAAAAGCGUAGACUGUAGUCGCAACUACGGAAUUAUGCACCGUGAUAAGAACUUCAACACAUACCUAUCUAUUUUAAUAUUAUAUAAGACUAACAUCAACAUUUAUCAACACACGGUUAUCAUUAUAUAUUUUAUAACACCAACUGGUAAUUAUAAAACUUUGCUAAGUUUUA